AUGAUCAGUUGGAUGACCUCUGAAUCCUUCAAACUAAAAGGCCUCUCUGAACAAGUCUACAACGACUUCAUCAGAGAUGCUGGUAUAAGGCUCCAAGCUCGCUUGGCCAGAGAGGCUGAGGAAAAGGCCAGGAAGGAAGCAGGAGAGAAAGGUCGCCUGGAAGAAGAGCAGAGGAUCAGAGAAGCUGAAGAAAAGGUUGUUGCUGCUGCGGCUACUGCUAAGGCUGAGGCAAAAGCAAAAGCUGACGCUGAAGAAGCAGCACGCAUUGCUGCAGAGGAAGUUGCUAAGGCCAGGGCUGAUGCUUUGACUCAGGGGGAGCAAUCUAACUCUGGUUUUUCCCUUCUGUUCUUAAAGACUCUGGAGGAAUUGCAAAAGGAACAACAAGUGGUACGAGCUAGGUUGGAUCACCAGGAUUCCGUCAACACCAACAUUCAGAACCUGUUGACUCAGCUGCUCCAAAGGAUGCCCCCGCCCCCAAACCCUUAUGCACUUAGGCUCUUUGUUUGUUGCUUUUUCUUCUAA